GGUGAGUUGACAACAACAAUAACAACAACAACAGCACAGCAACAGCAAAGGCAAGACAAGUGCGAGAAAACAUUUCGCUCCGGAGGUGUAUCCCUAAAGUUCGACAAGCGAUGAAAAUUGAUUGGCUUUAUUCCUCAAGAUUGUCAAUACUUUAUGUGCCAGGACAGACCCCCGAAAAGAAUCAGUCCCUACACCCAAGUGCUUAUAAUGCACAUUGUGGUGACGGAAAUGUCAUUUCUAGUGUCUUUAAAUAUGCUUCUGUAGAAAGUUAACGAAAAAUGCGUUGUACCUGUUGAUGGCUGUCAAAAUGGGCUAUCUUUUUCGUAAGCUGCUCUUUUGGUUUGUGUCAACCGUCAUAUGCAUAUACUUUGUCAUUGGAUCAUCCGCUCAGGAGGAGCCCCUACCUGCCCUACCUGACUGCACCUCGAGAGCUGCUGGAUUGGACAGUCUCGUGCUUGUGAGCACAAUCGAAGGACAUCUUUAUGCACUAGACGGUGAUGGAAAUGUUCUUUGGAAUGUCAACACUGGUCCUGGGCCUAUGCUAUCAUCCAGUAUCCAUAAUUUAGAGCUGGGCAAAGAUGGCCAUUUUCUGCGUAUGAUUCCUUCUUUAAGUGGUGGACUUUACCAGUUCAAUGGUGACAAUGUAGAAGUAAUCCCCUUUUCCGCUGACGAUCUCCUACAGUCUUCUUUCCGCAAGGAUGAUAUUGUACUCACAGGAGGAAAGGAAUCCAGGACAUAUGGUAUUGAUGCAAAAACUGGCACUGUCUUGUAUGAAUGGUCAAUGCAAGGACGUGAACAUUAUUUAGGUGACAACUCUUCAGAAGUUGAAGAAGUACUUGUGUUGAAAAGACUUACCCAUACUGUUCGAGCUGUUGAGCCCAGAACCAGCUUUGAAAGAUGGAAUUUUAGUGUGGCCAGGCUCAAUGUAAUGCUCUCCCCAGAUCCUGCUGCACUCUGUCAUGGCAGUAAGGAACUUAAACCAUUGAAUUUUGAUGUGAGAGUUAUUGUUCCUGAUGGCCUUGUUUGUGGGAUAAGCCUCACUGACCCUAAAAAAGUUUUGUGGAAACAUGAGUUUGACUCACCAAUAGUAAGUGCAUGGACUUUAAAUAAGGGAGAACUGAAGGAAGUAGAUCUCUUCAGUGGUUUGCAAUGGAAUCACGAUAAAACACAUGGACAUGAAAAACCAAUAUCACCAUCUCUUUACAUAGGAAUGCAUAAGAAACAGUUGUAUAUUCAAGAAAGUGUGCAAAUGCAGCAACAUCUUGGAGACACUAUGAAUCGGCAAAAUCUAAUCACAGAUGAAUCAAUAUACACUCGAAUUCCCUGGCGACCCAUUCCAGCUCUCCCAGGAAAUACUCUUGGUCUAUUAGAACAUGACAAUGCUGAUGAAAGUAGGAUGCCUCAGUUAACUGAUGAAUCGAAUCAAGCUGUUCGUACUACUGCCAUGUCAGUUCUUUAUGCCUCAGAAUAUGUGAAUGGUAAUGGUUUCUAUCUUUAUUCUUUGGAAUCUCAAAAGAAAGCUCGGCAAGCCCAAUGUGGUCUAAUUGAGGCCAUUGAUGAUGAUCAAGCAGAUAAUCAAACAAUUGAAGUUCAGAUUCCUAUGCCUGAUAAAAAGCCCAGUCCUUCAUCUCAUGGAGAAGAAGAAGUUCAGUUUAUCAUUAUCACUUCCCUGUGGUACUGGUGGAAAGAGGUUUUACUUAUCAGUAUUGGUACUGCUGUUCUUGUUAAUUGUAUGAUGCCACAGGGUGUCCUUAAAAUACUGAGACUUCGCAGACCUUUAGAACCAACUGCUGAGGAAGGAAAACUGCUUCCGUUCACACAUCCACAUGGUGCAAGCAUACCUCCAGUUGAGGUAGCUCAGGAAGAACGUCCAGCAACACCAAUUGAAUACACCUCCCGUUACUUACAAGAUUUUCAACCAGUACAAUGUCUGGGCAAAGGUGGAUUUGGUGUUGUAUUUGAAGCCCGUAAAAAAUUUGAUGAUUGUCUUUAUGCAGUGAAGAGGAUUCCACUAACAAACAAGGAAGAGUCAAGGGAAAGAGUGCUUCGUGAGGUACGUGCCUUGGCUAAGUUGGAUCACAACAAUAUAGUCAGGUACUUUAAUUCGUGGCUAGAGUGCCCUCCUCCUGGAUGGCAAGAAGACCAGGAUAAACAAUUGGCCUCAAUGUUUAAGUCUUUGGAAGCAACGUCUAGCUUAGUUUCUGAAGACCAAACUAAUUACUCAGAGGAGUGUAGUCAAUCUGUCAAUCCUCUUAUGGAAAGAAAACGAUUAUACCAAGAGCAGAGUUGGAAUAUUGCCUCUUCAAACAUAACUAGUCAUAAUAUGUCUGGAAACACUAUGUUUUCCAGAACUAAAAAUGAACUAGUACAAGAUACAAGUGACUCUUAUAUAGUAUUUGAUGCAUCAGGUCCUUCAGGAGAGGAAUCAGAUGUGGAAGAUGAAUGUGAAGAAAAUGACAGUUUGGACAGACGGAAAGACAGUGUGAUAUCGGUGUGUAGUUCUUCUACAGGAUCAAGUGAAUUUCCACUUGCAAGGAAAAAGAAUGUCCGCCCAAAGCAAAUCAGUAUUUGCCGCAGCAGUCAAAGACAGAAAAUUUCAACAUCCUACUUAUUUAUUCAGAUGCAACUUUGUCAGAAAGAUAGUUUGAAAGACUGGUUACAAAGUACUCCUAAGAGGGACUACCUCAAUAUCAUAAAUUUCUUUGAACAAAUUGUCAUGGCUGUGGAGUAUGUUCAUCUAAAUAAUUUAAUUCACAGAGAUUUAAAGCCCUCCAAUAUUUUUUUCUCAAUGGACGGUCACAUUAAAAUUGGUGAUUUUGGACUUGUUACAACAAUGCUGGAAGAAACAGAUGAUCAACGCACUGCAAUAGACUCGUCAAGCUCCUCUGGCUUCUCUGGUCAUACAGCUCAAGUUGGUACAGAGCUCUAUAUGAGUCCAGAACAGCGCAAGGGUAAACCCUACAACUACAAAGUUGACAUAUAUUCAUUGGGGCUGAUCCUCUUUGAAUUGCUGAUGCCAUUUGGCACUGAAAUGGAAAGAAUCCAAAUCAUGCAGAGUUUACAUCGUCAAAAGUUUCCACCUGAUUUCCCUGUAACCCAUCCAAAUGAGUAUGAACUGCUGAAAAUGAUGUUGGACCAUCGCCCGGAAAAACGGCCAACCACCUUUGGAAUUAGAGCACGACCUCCACUUCGCAAUCGUCAGACUGAAGAAAUCCUGUCCGAUCUCUCAGAGGAAAAUCACUUUGAACUGCCCACUCGGCAGAGAUCGUCGACAUCAAUUCACAAACUCUCCUCUUCUUCAAGUAGUAGUACAGAAUUUUCUCCAAAUUCUGGUCGUGCUUCUUAAACUAGUCAACUCAAGUUUGUGAUAUUUGGCCUUUUCAAGUUUCUAUGCUUUCAUUCCGUUCUAAAGUCAGGAAAUGUUGUUCCCCAGUGAAUACACUCUUGCUCAGAUCAGAUAUCUCAUUGUGAUGAGAUUUUUGUUUUAAGUUUAAUAUUGAUUCCUGACCUUUUAUUUUAAUUCAUAUGUGAAGCAUAAUUUACAAAAAUGUGCCAGAAAAGCUGAUAUUUUUCUAAGCAACAUGUACGUCAGUGCAAAUUAAUGUGAUAUAAUGGACUGUAUUGACAUUCCAUUUUGUUAGGAUAAAUUAAUUGUCAUGUUGUUUUACAGAAGUUUUGCAUGUUCUUUUCUGUGAGUUCCAUAGCAAUGUGUACUUCAAUGUCUUAGUUGUACUGUAAUAAAAUUACAAGAAAACCAUGA